CGGCAGCUGCAACCGAGGGCUGGUAGGCCUCAUGGAGGAGCUCACCAGCUGUGGCCGGCCUCAGAAAGUUCCUCCGGCGCCCGACAAAAACCUUCCCAUCACUGCACCAGCUGCGAAAAUAUCGGACAGUCAAAUUGAUUUCUUCAGAAUGUUGGACGAGAGAAUCGAAAACGGCCCUGAUGACAUAAGCCUGGACGAACAGCGCAGCAAGCUAUUCUCUCGCUCGACAUCGGAUGAGCGACACGCUUCUGGUAACAGCGGCGCGUUGGCGCAGGCUGCAAUGCACCGCCGCUGGAGCGCCUCCAAGAUAACCAACCCGCGAACGCCGGCCACUCCUGAGGAGACCAGAGACAGCCUCAUGAGGAGGGAACGGUCACCAAGCAACAGAUCUCCAGACUCGGCGUCGGCUGAAUUAGACGAAGACCAGCGAGAAAGACUACUCUCCGAACCCUGUGACAUGCAAGAAUCUCUCAGCGACGACAACAGUUCUUGUGACCAGCCCAGAGAGAACUUCAAGGAACAAUACGUGUUUCUCGGCAACGUUUACACAGUAACGAGACCAAGAAAAACUUAUUCGCUGCCUACUGACAGAUCGCCUUCUCCUGCAUUGGUCGCAGUGACUCAACGUAUGACGGCAGAGGACUUGCAUCUCCAAGGCAUAAUGGAUGAAUGUUUUCCUGGUUACGGUAAUGAAAAAAUGCGGAGCGGGGACCUUAGUCCAGACUCUGAGGCGAAUCAAUUUUGGAUGGGCUUCGAAUCGCCUGAACCGACCGAGAGGCCAUCGAACAGAUCGUCCAAGUCGAGGAGUUCGAGGGGCCUGCCGUGCGACAUUGCCCGACCGGGGCUCAGCAGCCUCAGACCUGUUGUUGAAUGAUGAAUGUGAAGCAAUUCUGGUUGCGGGCAAAAUGUUCAUAUGUUAUCAGAUUACCGCGAAGAGUAUUUAUUUAAAAUUUUAAUUACUUGUUGUACGGGACUCGUAUAUAAACGAACAAUGAAAAUCUAUAUUAUUGUUUUUCAUAAUGAAAUCCACUCCGAUCUUAUAAUAACGAAAAAGUAUUUCAGAGAGUAUUGAUGCUCGUGAUAUGAUCUAAAUACAUGUGAACGAUUUUUCACUCAAUAUAAUCUCUCAGAAUGUUAUUCAAAGAACAUCUAAUACUUUUUGUAAUGCAUAUUAUAUAUUGUAUAGGUUUGGAUGUAAUCGAAAUAAUGUCAUAAAUUACUGCAAAUCUUCCAAGUGUAUAGCAGAACUAACUGUUUUAACAAGCCGUAACAGCAUUGAUAAACUUAAGAUGCCGCUCACCCCAUUAAGUGUGUUCCUCCAUCUCUGGCGCUGUUGCACUGAGUGCUCUGUAAGAGGCAAGCUCGAGCUGCCAAGCUAAAAGUUAAACAUUGUAAAGUUAUAAAAUUCGCGAUAAUACUUCCUGGAACAAAUUCGCACAUUUUUCUAGAGAUUUAAAUUUAUUCGAAUUGCAUUUAUUAACAAUGUCCACCACAUUGUUGCAACAGGUUUUUAGCUAUUCUAUUGUGGUUGAGAUCAUUUCAGAUGUAUAAUCUUGAGCGAAAUAUUUUCGUUUGGCACAACUGAUCAUUGUAUCAAUACCGAGGACGUUCUGAGGCCUUUGGCUUCAUUGAAAGUCCGUGUGCUCCUCAAGUUUACUUCAGAAAUCAGUUUGUAUGAUAACUGUUCAAUGAAGUUCGUUUUGUUUGUUAACCUAGUGUUGUACAUGGUGCUUCUUUGAUUUGAAAUCGUGAAUAGUAGAAGUAAACUAUUUUUACUUUUUAUACGUAGUAGGUUAUUCUAUCUAGUUUAUUGUAGUAUUCGUAACUGUUAACAUAUCUCGCUGUGAGUGCUCGGUCUGGCUAAGGCGAUCUGUGUAUAAACUGUAUUUCUACAAUGUGCUCGUAAUGAACAAUAGCUUAACAAUCUUGGAAUUCAUAACUGAUUCGUGUGAUAAUUUUUUUAUUUUUAUUUUAUUUUUAAAAUUCCACCUUAUCUUUAAAGAAAUGAUGGUGGAUUGCUCCAUUCAAGAUUC